AAGAAUCUUGCUAGCGCGAACGUGCUGCGUGUUUCCGACCGGCGAGUCUUUCAUUAAGAACAACAGGAUAGUUUCUGUUUCCCGGGAAAAAGUUCUAUCGUCUCCGGCGGAUCUUGUACAGCACCAAACGGGGAACCUAAAUCCGGACUAUACUCCUGAAUCGAAAGGGAAAAUAAAGGAAAAUGUCCGAAAGUGGCAACUGCGCGGAACAGCGGGAAGAGCAGCCUGAACUUGAGGAAACCGGAGGAGUGGAGGAGAAAUCUGACUCCUCCGAUGCUGGAAAAGAGUCUUCUUCAGAUGCCGGUCCUGAUAGUCAGGAUGCAUCGUCCCCCUCCUCAUCCAAAGCUAAAGAUGCUACUCCAGGUUAUGAGGAGAAAGUGCAAACAGACCGGACAAACAGAUUUGAGUAUCUGUUGAAGCAAACCGAGUUGUUUGCUCAUUUCAUCCAACCGGCUGCCCAGAAGACUCCCACCUCUCCUCUGAAGAUGAAACCAGGACGUCCUCGUAUCAAGAAAGAUGAGAAACAGAACCUGCUCUCUGCCGGAGACAACCGGCAUCGUCGCACAGAGCAGGAGGAAGAUGAGGAGCUUUUGAACGAGAGCACGAAAACCACCAACGUGUGCACUCGCUUUGACGAGUCUCCCUCCUAUGUAAAAACAGGGAAAAUGAGGGACUAUCAGGUCCGUGGUUUGAACUGGCUCAUUUCUUUGUAUGAGAACGGAAUCAACGGCAUCCUUGCUGAUGAGAUGGGACUGGGGAAAACUCUUCAGACAAUUGCCCUGCUGGGUUACAUGAAGCACUACAGAAACAUCCCUGGCCCUCACAUGGUUCUGGUGCCGAAGUCCACCCUCUACAACUGGAUGAAUGAGUUCAAGCGAUGGGUGCCUUCGCUUCGCGCCGUCUGCCUGAUCGGAGACAGAGACGAGAGGACCGCCCUGAUCAGAGAUGUGCUGCUGCCGGGAGAGUGGGACGUGUGCGUCACAUCCUACGAGAUGCUCAUCAUCGAAAAGGCCGUGUUCAAGAAGUUCAACUGGAGAUACCUGGUCAUCGAUGAAGCUCACAGGAUCAAGAACGAGAAGUCAAAGCUCUCAGAAAUUGUGCGUGAAUUCAAGACCACUAAUCGUCUGUUACUGACUGGAACGCCGCUGCAAAACAACCUCCACGAGCUGUGGGCUCUGCUGAACUUCCUGCUUCCAGAUGUUUUCAACUCAGCAGAGGAUUUUGAUUCCUGGUUUGACACAAACAACUGUUUGGGUGAUCAGAAGCUGGUUGAACGUCUUCACACUGUUCUACGUCCUUUCCUGCUCCGUCGUAUCAAAGCAGAUGUAGAAAAAACUCUGCUCCCCAAAAAAGAAAUCAAGAUGUAUGUGGGGCUGAGUAAAAUGCAGCGAGAGUGGUACACAAAGAUCCUCAUGAAGGACAUCGACAUCCUGAAUUCAGCAGGCAAAAUGGACAAGAUGCGUCUGCUGAACGUCCUCAUGCAGCUGAGGAAAUGCUGCAACCACCCGUACCUGUUUGACGGAGCCGAGCCGGGUCCCCCCUACACUACUGACCUCCACCUGGUGGUCAACAGCGGCAAGAUGGUGGUGCUGGACAAGCUGCUGCCCAAGAUGAAGGAGCAAGGUUCACGUGUGCUCAUCUUCAGUCAGAUGACCAGGGUGCUGGACAUCUUGGAGGACUACUGCAUGUGGAGGAACUACGGCUACUGCCGCCUGGAUGGCCAGACGCCACACGAGGAGAGACAGAUUUCCAUCAAUGCAUACAAUGAGCCCAACAGCUCGAAGUUCAUCUUCAUGCUGAGCACCAGAGCUGGUGGCCUGGGGAUCAACCUGGCUACAGCUGAUGUGGUCAUCCUCUACGACUCGGACUGGAACCCACAGGUGGACCUGCAGGCCAUGGAUCGAGCUCACAGGAUCGGUCAGCAGAAGCAGGUCCGUGUUUUCCGUUUCAUCACUGAGAACACAGUGGAGGAGAGGAUCGUGGAGAGGGCAGAGAUGAAACUGCGCCUGGACUCCAUUGUUAUCCAACAAGGACGACUUGUGGAUCCGAGUGCCAACAAGCUGGGGAAGGAUGAGAUGCUGUCCAUCAUCCGUCACGGUGCCACACACGUAUUUGCAUCCAAAGAGAGCGAGAUCACAGACGACGACAUCGACGCCAUCCUGGAGCGAGGGGAGCGAAAGACGAUGGAGAUGAAGGAGAAGCUGUCAUCGCUGGGGGAGAGCUCGCUCAGGAACUUCACGAUGGACACAGAGAACAGUGUGUACAAUUUUGAGGGCGAAGACUACAGAGAGAAGAAAAAGGUCAUUACCAACUGGAUUGAGCCACCCAAGAGAGAAAGGAAAGCCAACUACGCUGUGGACGCCUAUUUCAGAGAAGCUCUGCGAGUCAGUGAGCCCAAAGCACCAAAGGCUCCUCGUCCUCCCAAGCAGCCGAACGUCCAGGACUUCCAGUUCUUCCCUCCACGUCUUUUCGAGCUUCUCGAGAAGGAAAUCCUGUUUUACAGAAAGACCAUAGGAUACAAGGUUCCCCGCAAUCCAGACAUGCCCAACUCGGCUCAGGUUCAGAAGGAGGAGCAGGCCAAGAUCGAUGAGGCCGAGGCGCUCUCUGAGGAGGAGCUGGAGGAGAAGGAGAACCUUCUCCAACAGGGAUUUACGAUCUGGAACAAACGCGACUUUAACCAGUUCAUCAAAGCCAAUGAGAAGUGGGGGCGAGAUGACAUUGAAAACAUUGCACGAGAAGUGGAGGGAAAAACUCCAGAGGAAGUUAUGGAAUAUUCCGCUGUGUUCUGGGAGCGCUGCAAUGAACUGCAGGAUAUUGAAAAGAUCAUGGCCCAGAUAGAAAGAGGAGAAGCCAGGAUUCAGAGGCGGAUCAGCAUCAAGAAAGCUCUGGAUUCAAAGAUCGGUCGCUACAAGGCUCCUUUCCAUCAGCUCCGCAUCUCAUAUGGAACCAACAAAGGCAAGAACUACACAGAGGAGGAGGACCGUUUCCUCAUCUGUAUGCUCCACAAGCUGGGCUUCGAUAAGGAGAGCGUGUACGACGAGCUCCGCCAGUGCAUCCGCAACUCACCUCAGUUCCGCUUCGACUGGUUCCUCAAAUCCAGGACUGCCAUGGAGCUCCAGAGGCGAUGCAACACUCUGAUCACACUGAUAGAGCGAGAGAACAUGGAGCUGGAGGAGAGGGAGAAGGCUGAGAAGAAGAAACGUGGCCCAAAGACCGGUUCAGCCCAGAAACGGAAGUCGGAGGGAACCGCAGACGGCCGGGGACGCAGAAAAAAGCUCAAGUUGUGAAUCUGUUGACAUCCUGCAGUGUCAGCAUUUGAGAGCGGCGGCCAGCUCCGGUGUCUUUAGUCCUGGUGUCUGUGACAAUGUACUGUGUAAAAAAGAAAAAAAAGAAAAAAAUUCCCUGAUGGACCGACCUGGUUGUAUUAGGUGUUAGAAAGUACUCCUUUUUACAAGCCUGCCUUGUUGUCACUUACCUAAACACUGCAGCUGUGCUGGUUUAGUUUUUGGUUGCUAGAUUUUUUUUUUUUUUUUUUUUUGUACUAGUACUUAAUUGGAUUACAUGUAUUUAUGCCUGUUGGUUGUACCACAUUCCAUUGCUUGAAACAAUAUGUACCCUCUUUAUUUUUAAGAAUUCAUUUGUUCUUAUGUGGAGUAGAAAAUGUCAUUGUUGAGCUUUUCAAAUAAACCACCAUUUUUUUUUAA